CAGCUUAGCAGUACGGGGGAGUAGCUCCCAUCAUCAACGCCCACAACCUCAGGUUCCGCAUCGCGCCGGCGGGACAGGCUCGGUCGCAGCACUAUUCGAUAACAAAACGAACAAACCGAGUAAUUGACCGAGAUAGUGCACUGUACCGCCGCCCAACAUGGAGGCGCUCCGCUCGGCGAUCCAGCCCGUGACGCACAACCUGCCCGGCCCGAUCCGCAGCCUCGGCGAGUCCAUCAUCGGCGACGCGUGCUACAAGACGCUCCUCCUCGACGUCGACCUCGAGAACGCGGAAUGCGUCAAGCUGGCCAUCAGCAAGGGCCUCGGCAUCGGCAUCGUGGGCGCGUCGUCCAUCGUCAAGGUGCCGCAGAUCCUCAAGCUCGUCCGGUCGCGCUCGGCCAGCGGCGUCUCGUUCCUCUCGUACCUGCUCGAGACCAGCAGCUACCUCAUCUCGCUGGCCUACAACGUCCGGAACGCGUUCCCCUUUAGCACCUACGGCGAGACCGCGCUGGUGCUGGGGCAGAACGUCAUCAUCACCAUCCUCGUGCUCAACUACAGCGGCAGGGCCACCCUGGCCGCUACCUUCGUCGCCGCCUUCGCCGCCGCCGCCGCCACGCUGUUCGCCGAGAGCAUCGUCGACAUGCAGACCAUGAAGUACCUGCAGGCCGGGGCGGGCGCGCUCAGCGUGGCGAGCAAGGUGCCGCAGAUCCUGGCCAUCUGGCAGGAGGGCGGCACGGGUCAGCUGAGUGCCUUUGCCGUCUUCAACUAUCUCCUCGGCUCGCUCGCGCGCGUCUUCACGACCCUGCAAGAGGUGGACGACAAGCUGAUCCUGUACGGCUUCGUCGCCGGUUUUGCGCUCAACCUGGUGCUCGCGCUGCAGAUGGUCUACUACUGGAACGCGCCGUCGGCCAAGGCCAAGGGCAAGCAAAAGGAAGUGCCCGUCGCAGCGCCGACCUCGUCGGCGACCACGACGUCGGCGGCACCCAAGAGCAAGGGCCCCACGACUCGUCGCCGUGGCUAAGGGGCGGCGGUUUUCUGCUUGUACUAUUUUUUUUUUUUUUUUUUCAGGUUUAGGUUGCCAUUUUCGCCUUCAAAUGGAAGACGAAGCGUGUCGUUUCAUUGUCUGGUUGAAUCAUACACAGUACAAGUGAUGGCGCCCCCAAGUAGACUCCCAAAGAAACAGCACCCACUAGGAUCGAUCUGUGCAUCCCAUCGAGAG